GUUUAUUCAAACAUUUACGUUACGUUGAUUUGUUAAUUUGUCAUUAUUUGUAAUAGUGACCAUUUCAUCAGUAACGCACUCCUUUAUACAGUUGUCGAAUUGCCCACGGUGGAUUUCGAUCCUAACACCGGACAUCAAAAAUGUUAAAACAACAUGUAUUAGUGGAACUUAAGCAAUUUAUUCAGUCGUUAUCCUCAGUAGGCUAUAGGGGUAAUCCCAAUCUAACAUCUCAUAGCUUGUUACGCACUUCGCUUCAUCUGUUGGAGGAUUUGCCGUCUGCUCGGGAAAUUGUUUUCGAAUACUUUGCUUUGAUAGCUGAAGUAGGAGUGCAGAGCUAUGUAAACACCACAAAUGUCGACCAGCAGACGGGGCUGGUCAUGCAACAACAAAAAAUACAAUCUAAUCAGCAACAACAAGCCCCAAUUUCACAAGAAGAUCCUUGUUUCGAAGUAAUUCAGCAGGCUCUUGAGAAUAUGGUCAGCAAGGGCCCCUCUGCCUGGGGGGCGGUCAUAGCCUCUUGGAGUUUAGACUUGGUGGGAAGUCUAUCGGACAAAUAUAGUAAAAGAACGUCCAUAGGAGCCGCAUGCAAUUACUGGCUGGCCAGCACCACUAUGCGUGGUCUACUGACUUUAAUAAGCAUCUGUUUCCGAAAAUUGACAAAUGCUGAAGCAGAAUCAUGUGUGGAGACACUAUUGGGUGCGUACCAACGAUAUUCCAUGACAUUUGAUUGGGUGGUGGCACGCUUGGGUGGCUGCUUUCCUUCAAAAAUAAUAUCCCAGAUUUUGCAAUGCAGCUUAAAAAAGUUUGCUGAAAAUUAUCCUUGUCGUUUCGAUUCUGAAAUUGGUAUUCUGGAAUAUUUAUGUUUUGCCCACGAACAAGUAUUGCGAGUUUGCUUUAAGGAGCUUCUUCAAGAAGGCUUUCAACCCAAAAAAAAGUUGGACGCCUUAGUUGUACCAUUCAUGUUGGACUUUUGCAAUUAUUCUGAUACCUUACUGCAGAACAUGGUCAGCGUUUUUCUUGAGAUGUAUAAUGAUGAUUUGCGUACAACAAUCACUCAAAAGGCUCCACUCUGGAUGACAAAUCGUACUUUUGCCGAAAUACAGCCUUCAUUAAAUAACUUGGUACUGAGACUGAAAACUCAUGGCGCUCAAGUACUAAUUACUGUUGCCAAAAUGGCCGAUCAAUAUGCAUGGUGUCAGGACUUUUUGGAGUUUUCCUUGCAAGAAUUGGAACAAAUUGUGCUGAAUGCACGUCUAUGUCCAUUAAUGGAUGACUUGGCGACUGAGGAGACGAAAUACAUGUUGUGGAAAAGCUGUUUAAGUACAAACAUAUAUGAACAACAGACCGCAGUGCGACUGCUUUUGAUAGUUUCUACUCAGCAUUCGCAUAUAUAUUAUCAGACAAUAUCGGAGUUACUACGAAAAUCAUAUACUCUUAACCCCUCUGGUUUGGGUGCUGCCAUACGUAUGAUAGGAGGCCAAUCGGGGGUAGUGGAGUUUCCAGAAAUUAAACCGGGAAUUCAAAUGGUCCUUGAGGAUGCUUUGCUUCAGGAACAGUUUAAAAGGGCACGACUGGCAACAGCAUCCGAUGUGUCGGAGGCAUUGAAUAUUUUUAAAAAUCUUAAUACUAUAACAAAAAUGGAAAAGAAAAAUACUUUCUUUAGCAUCAGACAACAUCAGAUGAGUACAGCCCUAAACGAAUGUCUUCCAAAAAUACUGCAAAUAUUGGAAGUAACUUUAAACAAACUCAUUCUUCGAAUGGAUGCAGAUGCCAAUGAGCGCAGUCAGGAGAAAUUUCGCGAUAUCCAAAAUCAAACCAACAACAAUACGAUACAUGUUUAUAACUCCCACAAGAAGCAAAAAUUAGGUGUAGUGUCAGUGGACCAUAGAGAAGAGGACGAAGACUCGGAUUAUAUAGCAACACGUUUGACAUUAGCUCACACAAUUAUUGAUCUUUUGAACACCAUUGAGGCCGGGUCAAAAACACAAGUUAUAAGAACAACCGAGAUUUUGAAAUUGGCUGUAUUAAGUGUUAAGUAUUUCUUUAUAAGUCUUAAGGAACAAUCAUCGACUUUACGCCUGGCAGCCGUUAAUCGUGUCUAUGUCUUAUUUCAACGUCAGUGUCGAGCCCGAAAAUCAUCACGAUCUGCUUGUUUACGGGAACUUAUCGAAGGAGCCUUGUUUUACUACGGUUACCUAUUUGGGCAAUAUGAAGAACCCAUUGUAGAUGAACUUUUAAUUCCUGAACAUGAAAUGAUAUUGGUGCAGAAUCAAAAACAAAGCUUUGGACCCAACUCCAAUCGUUCGAUACUGCAUGCAGGAGUAAUUGGUCGAGGUCUACGGCCAGAAAAUAUGCUUAUGGGUGAACGGUGUCCACCAGAGAUGCAAAGCUUAUUUUUAAAAGCUCUAGAAAUGUGCUGUACCGAUGGUGAUCGCCAGGUGAAUACAGAGCCCUAUUCAACAAUAUCAUUGUUGUUAGUUGAAAUGGUGUCUACCGAUGUCAUGUACAAUGGUCUACCAUUUCCCGAUGAAGAAUUCACUAAAGUAACCAUGGAAAGGGAUUUAUUAAUAAGAAGGGCUUUCCUAACCUCGCCUAUUUUGUGGGCCCUUUUAGGUUUCAUAGCCACCCAUAGGCCAGCGCUUUGCAUCUCAUCGGUGUUACUGAGAGCUCUAUGCGCUACAUGUCUACAUCAGUGGAGGGCAAAAAAUGUAAACAAAUAUGAUACAUACAACCUAAAAGGUGAACUGCUGCAGUCGACUAAAAAUCUAUUGAAAGUUUUGUCCAUGGGACAGUUACUGCCACCACCCCUGUCCAAUCUGCACAAUAUUAUUGAACAUUUUGAACCAUCAGAGGUUGCUCUGCUCCUUAAGGAAUGUGUAUGGAAUUACAUGAAAGACCAUGUACCCUCACCACCUUUAUUCCAUGUUGAUAAUAAUGGCUUGCAUUGGCGUAAUGCUCAACUUAACAAGAUUCCUCCACAGUACGUGGACACAUUGAGAAAUUUAAUGCAAAAAAAAUUAACUAAAUUGGGCCAGCAUUACCACCAAAUGUUUAUUAUGCCCGAAGUAGUUAAUUUAACGACAAAUGCAAAUCUACCUGCCAUGCCACAAAUGCGUACUAUGCCUACAGUUGUAUUGCCAACUUCAGCACCGUCAGAAGUUAUAGACUUAGAUAAAUCCAUUUGAUGUUAAAAUUACCGUAAUUUUUUUUGUUGGAUGUUGGCUGAAUUUGAGGAAAAUUUAAUUUUAAUAUCUGAGAACGAUCUGUUUCGCAUUUCUCAAAUAUCGAAAAGGCAAUCAACAAAACAAGGAAAAAAAUACCACGUGGCGCAAAACUUCUUUGAUUUUAUUAAGAUGAAAAAGUUAUGAAAUUAACACAUAUCAUCCGCAUAAAAAUGUCACGCUGUUUGGAAGUGGGAAACGGAAAGUGAAACGAAAGGGAUAUAAUAAUUUUGAAUUGUUCCUAAAAGCGAAGAAAAGUGAAGUAGAAAAUAAACACGAAUACCAACGAGAUGAUUUAAGCGAAGUUUUAGCAACGCAUAAUAAGAUUCUGAUGUCUACAGUUGGCGUCAAAGGACUCGUUUCAACAAUAAGCCCCACCGAGCAGAAAGGUAUUUCUAUCAUCUUCUUUAAGGGUAUUUGGACGUAAGAUUCAAAUAUAUAAAUCACAUACAAAGCAACGAACCCUAGUAUGACCACCAAUAAAAUUAGAAUAAUAUUUGAGUAUCAA